UCAAAGGUCGUAAUCUUGAUUUCUCAACCUACUUCCGCGUUAUAUGCGUAUUAGCAUUAAGCUAACAUCCACCUGUACGGUAACGUUCAUUGAAAUCUGUAAUUUAUUAAAUUCCGGACCGUUGUAUCCAACACCGAUGUUUCUUCGACAAAAGGAGAAAGGCUUUCGAGGUUUUGGGGCAGAACGUGGUGUCGGUGCUGGUCCUGGGUCGUUGAACAGUUAAUGCACAGAGUAAAGAGGCUGAAAACUGAAGACAAAACGGAAGACGGACAGGAACGCAUCAGGCAGGCGUUGGCAGGCAUGACCGGGGUGGACGAGCUCUCGGACAGCACAGAGGUGGUGGAGAUGGAGGAUGUGAAUCCCACCCACUUCCAGGUGGCGAAGCACUCGUGGGACGGCCUGCGGAAGAUCAUCCACAACAGCCGCAAGAACACGGGUGUGGUUAUCAACAAGGCGCCGCACGACUUCCAGUUCAUCCAGAAGGACGAGACCAGUCCGCACUCCCACCGCAUCUUCUACCUCGGAAUGCCUUACGCCAGCCGGGAUAAUGCUUUACUCUACUCCGACAUUCCUAAGAAGAUCCGCAAAGAUGCUCUGUUUGUUUUGUCAUGGAAGAAGUUGCUGGAUUGCUUUCAGGCCAGCCCUCAUCAUGGAGGCUUCUCGCGGGAGGAGGAGCUGCUGCGAGAGAGGAAGCGCUUGGGGGUGUCUGGCAUCACCUCUUACGAUUACCACCGGCCCAGCGGCCUCUUCUUGUUCCAGGCCAACAGCAGUCUGUACUAUUGCCGUGACGGCGGAAACAACACCUUCACUACUUCUCCGGUGGAGCCUGUUGAAAUUAAGAGCCAGAGUUCGGGCACACGCAUGGACCCCAAGAUCUGCCCUGGGGACCCCAACUUCAUUGGUUUCGUCAACAACAACGACAUUUGGGUGACCAGCAUUGAGACUGGCGAAGAGAGGAGGCUCACCUUCUGCCACAAAGGUAUUGAUAAUCCAAAAGAAGACACCAAAUCCGCCGGUGUUGCCACCUUUGUCACGCAGGAAGAGUUUGACCGUUUCACCGGAUACUGGUGGUCACCAGCUGCUUGUGAAGAAUCCGAUGGUGGUAAGACUCUACAGAUUCUUUACGAGGAAGUGGAUGAAUCCAAAGUUGAGAUCAUUCAUGUUCCAUCUCCGGCUUUGGAGGAGCGAAAGACCGACGUCUACAGAUACCCACGCGCAGGCAGCAAGAAUCCGGAUAUUAGUCUCAAAAUUGCAGAAAUCCGGACAGACCACCACGGCAAAAUUGUCAGCGCGCAGGAGAAGGAGUUGCCUGUUCCCUUCACCACCCUGUUCCCAUGUGCAGAAUAUAUUACCAGAGCCGGAUGGACAAAAGACGGCAGAUAUGCUUGGGCGGUGAUGAUGGAGCGACGGCAGCAGCGUCUCCAGUUGGUGCUGCUGCCUCCGGCGCUCUUCGUCCCGGUGAACCAGGACGUAGUCAAAAGGCAGGAGAGCCUAGAGGCCCUCGGAGACACCGUGCAUCCCUUCAUCAUCUACCAGGAGACCUGCGACAUCUGGAUCAAUGUGCACGACAUCUUUCACCCUUUUAUCCAGACCAGUGAUGAUGAGAUCAGCUUCAUAGCAGUAAAUGAAUCAAAAACAGGGUUCUGUCACCUGUAUAAGAUCACCACAGAGUUACAGCAGGGCAGCUACAACUGGGCCACAGGAUACACGCCCUCUGAAGAUGAUUUCAAGUGUCCAGUCAAAGAGGAGGUCACCAUAACCAGCGGGGAGUGGGAGGUGCUGGCUAAUCACGGAUCGAAGCGUUCAUCGAGUCCUCAGAUUUGGGUGGACGAGACAGCGAAGCUGGUGUACUUCCAGGGAACCAAAGACUCUCCUCUGGAGCAUCACCUUUAUGUUGUGAGCUACGACUCGCCGGGAGAAAUUGUCCGACUCACAAAACCCGGCUUCUCCCACAGCUGCUCAGUGAGCCAGACCUUUGACAUGUUUGUCAGCCACUACAGCAGCUUGACCACUGCACCCUGUGUGCACAUCUACAAGCUGCAGGGCUCGGACGACGACCCGCUGCAUAAAGGGCCUCAAUUUUGGGCGAGCAUGAUGGAGUCCUCCGGUUUCCCCGUUGACUCCACACCUCCGGAGAUCUUCAGCUUCACAGGGAAGUCGGGCUUCGAGUUGUACGGCAUGUUGUACAAACCCCACCACCUGGUGCCCGGCAGGAAACACCCAGCCGUCGUCUUCGUUUACGGCGGCCCGCAGGUGCAGUUAGUGAAUAACUCUUAUAAAGGAGUGAAGUACCUGCGGCUGAGCACGCUGGCUUCCCUGGGCUACGCCGUGCUGGUCAUCGAUGGACGAGGCUCCUGUCAGCGGGGACUCGCGUUUGAAGGAGCUGUGAAAGACAAAAUGGGUCAGGUGGAGAUCGACGACCAGGUGGAGGGUUUACACUACGUUGCUGAAAAGUACAAGUUCGUGGAUCUGAGUCGUGUUGCCAUCCACGGCUGGUCAUACGGAGGCUUCCUCUCCCUAAUGGGCCUCAUCCACAAACCGGACAUCUUCAAGGUUGCCAUUGCAGGAGCUCCAGUGACGUUGUGGAUGGCCUACGACACCGGCUACACAGAGCGAUACCUGGACACACCUGAGAAAAACCAGAAAGGAUACGAGGCUUGUUCUGUUGCCCUGCAUGUCGACAAACUCCCCAAUGAGCCCAACCGAUUACUGAUCCUGCACGGGUUUCUGGAUGAGAAUGUGCACUUUUUUCACACAAACUUCUUGGUGUCUCAACUCAUCCGGGCAGGAAAGCCUUACAACCUCCAGAUUUAUCCCAACGAGCGACACAGCAUCCGAUGUCCAGAGUCUGGGGAACAUUACGAGAUUACGCUGCUGCACUUCCUCCAGCAGAACCUCUGAUAAGCCCGGCUGCACACUGCUCGUCCUCUCCUUGUCUCUACUCUCUUUCCUUCUUUUAUUCAAACCUACAUCAUCUUAUCCUUUCACUUAAUUUUACAUUAUGCUGACAAAGAAAGUUUGGCCAAACCUCAUCACACCUCAAGACUCGACGGCCUUAAAGGUGCUGAAGCGUUUUAGCAUCAAUUAAUCAUUACAUUGUCCGUUUUAGAAUCAUCAACAAAAAUGAGCCAAUGGCUGAGAGCAAGAAUUAUUGCGGUCCACACUGUAAACUGUAAACAGACAAGCCAAAAACAAACCGAGGGUUCGUCCUGAACAAACAGGGCUUAGGCUUUAGCACACACUUGAACAAAUAUAUAAAAAAGUACAAUGUCACCGAUGUUUAGACAGAACGUUGUCAGCAAUGCAACAAGAGCAGAAGUGGAGCAGCCGCUCUCAGUUUUAGUAUUUUUCCCUUUACGAUUCCUUUUUUUUAUUUUUAUUGAACUCUCCUCUUUGAUGUUCCUCCAGGAUCGUUUUCUUGUGUCUGUGAAUAAACACUGGAGUGAUGUUGGCAAACGUAAAGCUCUAUAAGAGCAUACAAGCAAGCUAUUGCGUCCCCUUGUGGUAAACUCUGUGCCCUCAUGUACUUCUCCCCAUUGUUUUGUUUAGUGUCUAGAAAAUAUUUGUAUGAAUCCUUAAUGCAUUCAUAAAAGGUUGAAGUAUGGAG